AUGAAGCCUCUGUACUCACGCACAUCAUCAUUAUUAUUAUCUGUUCUAUUACAAAUUACACACCUAUCUAUCGCACACACAACAACUACGCCAGAUUCCCCCAAACCUACGACAACAUCAGGAAAUAAAUCUAAAAACCCCAAUAUCUCCCUAGAAGACAAAAAUACUACCAAUCCUGAAAAAUCUAAGUUAGAAUGGCCAAACGAUAAGAUACAACUAUACAAUUUUUACCCUAAGGAUAACAAAGUUAAAACCAGGGAUUUUUACCCACUUAAGUAUAUUUCCUAUGGCUCGUCUGAUCUGUUAGAAGACGUCACGCACGAUAAAUUAUUUCAAAAAUGUGUUUUGAAUUACUCUAAAUCCGAUAAAUCUAAAUAUUCGAUGCCAAAACUUUUAACAUAUGCAGAAAAUAACGGUACCGAUAUUGACACCUUAUGUCCUCAUGAGGAUCCCUUGGAGCCUUUAUUUAUUUAUUGCAUUUCAGCAAGUGAAUGCUACUGUUAUGAUAGUAAUAAUAAAAAAAUAGAGAAUUCAAAACGAUACGUUUAUAUCAAUGGAAAUAUAACUGAAUAUAAAAUCCCAUAUAAAGAAACCAAAAGAAUGCCGACUCAAGUAACAGACGACGAUACUACACAUUCUUCCACUUACCAAGCAUUACUAGAUUAUAUGUGUGGGCGUGAAAGUGUAGCAAGAGGUUAUACGAGAAAAGACAAAAAAACACUUAUUAAAUGUCACAAAAGAUCAGAUAUUGAUCUAAAAAAUAAAGAUGGAAUAUGCUUCGAAUCACCUUACCAUACAACUAGAUGUUUCGGUCUCAAACAUACGAACAAUACCACUAAGGAAAUUUCACACGUCCAAUUUUACAAACCUUUUGUAUUUAACGAAUAUAAAAUUAAUGAAACCCAACGGUUAACGAUGAGUGGAAAGAUAUGUAAACAUUGGGAUAAAGUUACUACUUAUCCAUUGUAUAUUGAUUCAAAUAACUUUUGCAAAAAGAAUACGAACGAAAUAUAUUUUUGGUGCUAUAUAGAUUUUAAUGGUACUAAAGAUGUGUGCCUUGCCAAUGGUUAUUUGUAUUAUAAUUUACCGAUUAACACCGUAUCAUCUAUAGUAAUAAAUUAUAAUAUUCAAAGUGACAAUGUAGCUGUAAAAUUAUUCCCAAUUACUAACAGCGGCAAUGAAAUAAUAUCUGAUUAUUCUGCUUCAUAUAAAUAUUAUUCUAAGCCUAAAAGUAUAAUAUACGACCAAAGCCGUUAUUUUAAUUUUGAUAAAAUAUAUUCAACCAGUACAGGUUUACAUGAAGCUAAAGCUUGCCAUUUUGAUAAAAAAUUAAGUGAAUGUUCUAAUGAUUCGAAAUAUACAACUUCAUUAGGAUAUAUUGAUUUUUAUGGUAAGGGUUCUUUUUUAUCUAGACCAACAAAUUUAUAA